AUGGCACAACCAAAAUACCUCACUGGUGACUCAGCCGCCAUAAAUGAGUUCAUUGACCGCUUCGAUGUUUUCCUGCUUGAUUGCGAUGGAGUAUUGUGGUCAGGAGACCACCUUUUUGAGGGCAUCGUUGAAACAUUGGAGCUACUCCGAUCUAGAGGCAAGAGGGUCGUUUUUGUGACCAACAACUCUACAAAGUCUCGUCAGGACUAUCAGAAGAAGCUCACCGCCUUGGGCAUACCCAGCGAUAUUGAGGAGAUCUUCGCAUCGGCCUACUCAUCAGCCGUCUACAUCUCCCGUAUCCUGAAGCUUCCAGAGGGUAAAAACAAGGUCUUCGUCAUUGGCGAGAGUGGUAUCGAGACCGAGCUGCGCACCGAGAACAUUCCGUUCGUCGGCGGCACCGACCCGGCCCUCAGACGCGACAUCACGCCCGAGGACUACGGCAAGAUCGCCGACGGCUCCAUGCUGGACCCCGAAGUCGGCGUCGUGCUCGCUGGCCUGGACUUUCACAUCAACUACCUAAAGCUGUCGCUCGGGUUCCAAUACCUGCAGCGCGGCGCCAAGUUCCUCGCCACAAACUUGGACAGCACCCUGCCCAACAGCCACUCCUUUUUCCCCGGCGCCGGCUCGAUAUCGAUCCCGCUUGUAUACAUGUCGGGCCAGCAGCCGCUGUCGCUCGGCAAGCCCAGCCAGGCCAUGAUGGAUGCCAUUGAGGGCAAGUUCCAGCUCGACCGCGCCCGGACCUGCAUGGUUGGCGACCGGCUGAACACCGAUAUCCAGUUUGGUGUCGAGGGAGGCCUGGGAGGUACACUGGCCGUCCUCACUGGUGUCAGCAAGAAGGAGCAUUGGGAGGCCAAGGAUGCGCCGGCUGUGCCAGCAUACUAUGUCGACAAGCUCAGUGACCUCCGCGGCGCGCGGUUGUGA